AUGCGAUUCUUCUACACUGGAGUACUGGCUAUCGUUUUCAUGGUGUAUACCGUCUGCGUUUCUACGGCAACUCACUUGCCAUCUACACCCAACACUCGGAGUACCUUAACGCUGUCAGUUAGGUCGUUGAGAACUAUCGAGAAGACCGACAGGAUCGACGAAGAAAGGGGCGUCGCUGGAACGGUAUCCAGUCUGGUUAAAUCGAGUGCGUCCAAAGUCAUCGAAUCCGCGACUUUGAAAGCUUAUUUGGCCGCGAACAAAGAUGGGAUAUAUGUUCUGAACAAACUGAAACUCGGUAACGACGUCCUGGAAGUUUUGGAAAGCCCCAAGCUGAGUAAGUUAUCCAAGUACAUUUCAGCUUACAAUUUGAAGCACCCGAACGAACAAAUCUCGUUGCUUGGAGUUCUCUCGACUCGCUACGGAGACGAUGCUGUGGCAAAAGCCCUCGUAACUGCAAAGGGGCGCACCAACUCGGCUGAAUUGGCGGAGAGUUUACAAAGACAGCAGUUGAACGGUUGGCUGGACAACCAGAAGACCAUUGAAUAUGUCAUGGGAAACUGA